AUGCCGCGAGUGGUCGUUGACAUGCUGAAGGAGUACAUCGUUCGUUCCACGAUGUUCCGCUUGAGCAACUUGCGCGUGAACCGCGCCACCGACCGGAAGCGGAGCCAGAUCCGAGUGGCGCCCAGCUUCCCGAGCCUGAAGUCGCUCUUCGGCACGGGAUGCAAAGACAAGUCGCUGCUGGCCAAGGUCUCCCAUGCCCUGCCAGAUGAGAAGCAAAACCAGACGAGUGAAUCACGCUCGUGCCAAAGCUCGGCUGCUGGGUGGCAAGGCCACCGAGAGGCCCACGACGCGGUGCAUUGCUUGGGCAUCUUGAGGCACCUUUGA